AUGACGUUCUACGGUUUAUUUAUUUUUAUCAUUUGUUUCUCAGCAUUAAUAUGUAAUGGAUUAGAAUUGAAGAAAUUGAAAAAAGAUGACACAUAUUCAGAAGAAUUACUUAUCAAACGGCUGAAAAGCGAACAUUUAUUAGCGCAAUUUCGAUUUGUCAUUACUUCCGAUGUUAAGUCAGGAUUGGAUUAUCUUCUCUUCCCACGGAUUAUUAGUGAAGUAGUAACAAAGCAUCAUAUCGAAGAGUUUCAUAUGUCACUCACACAUGGUUCUUGGCGACUGAAUGAGUGGGGAGUUCCACCUCAACCUGCUAGCCCAAGUGGUGCAGAACUAUAUGCUUGGAUUUAUGGAAAUAAUACGCGAAAAUCAGUUGAUGAACGGUGGGUAAGUUUUGUUAAUUCCAUGAACGGCAUUUUUUGUACAUCGCUUCUUGAUAUUUUGUCUACUUAUACUGCUGCACCACAGAUUUCAUUUUCGAGGAUGGGUUAUUCUAAUUCAGAAGUUUCAUCAGAAAUCAGAUAUGGAGCUUUGUCGAGAGAAACGAUUGGCAUGAUGUAUGGAUUAUUUCAGACUGGUUUAUCAAUGUUGCUGAAUCCUAUCAAAAUCUACGAAUCUGUCUUUCAUUCGAUGUCUGUGCAUUUUCUCCACAUAUGCAAAGAUGGAUCGGUGAGUUGUGGAGAUCGUCGAAGACUAGAACUUAAUCUGAAUUUCGUGUCUGAAAUAGAUUUGAAGUCAAGAAGUCUAAAUUGGAGUUUCCGGAGUGUAUUUGGUAGGCAACUUGAUCAAAAAUGUAUGGUAGCAGACAGAGAUCUUGUUUUGUUCGAAAUAGAUCGUAAGGUCAAAAUGCAAGGCCAUCUGUUGCAAAAAAAGAACGACCGCGUUUACUCUGUUUACAAUAUUUCCGCUUAUUCACCGAGUGAUUUCCCGCUCGAUAUAAGUGCGAAAUAUAAUACUCAUCUGAAUCUGCCUGUCGAUGAUAGUUCCACUUUAGUCACAAUACGAAGUUAUGCAGCAGGUGUUGACCAGCAGUCAGGCCGUCUGAUUAGUGUUCUGAGAAAUGGGCAGCUCGUUUCUCAACGGGUCACGUAUACUCAUGUGGUGCCUUGGUUUCUUAGAAUUUAUUAUCACACUAUUAGUAUCAUUUGCCGUGCAGAAAAUGUAGAUGAGGGAGAAGUUCUUAACCCUAAAGUUAUUAGGAAGAUAUUUAUUCCUGGAAAAGAUCGGCAACGACCAUUUCUCUUAGAAUGGGACAUAAUUCUUCCAGCCAAAUCCGUUUGCGAGUUUUCUUGGGAAUUUGAUAAAGCUUUUCUGAGAGUGAAUGAAUACCCACCAGAUGCUAAUCAUGGUUUUUACAUUCCAGCACCUGUUAUGAGUUUCAGUGCUGCUGAUGAAUUGUGGUUUAAAAAUCGAACGGUUCUUGGAAAUUCACUUGUGACUAUUUAUGAUGAAAUCUUGGGAAAGGAAACUGACCGCUCAAUACGGAUGUACGGUGAGAUACUACUUAUUUUGUUACCGGUACCAGACUUCAGCAUGCCUUUCAACGUAAUAUGCCUUGUUUGUACAGCAAUUGCUAUGCUUUUUGGACCAGUACAUUCGCUAACGACAAAAAUAAUGAUACCUCUUUCGGAAGAAAAUAAGGAUUUAGCUCCACUUCCUCCAUUACGACGACUUUUGGUAUUUAUUUAUAACCUGGUCUUUAAGCAAGUUGUGAUGAAAAUUUGGAAGAAAUCGAUACCGAAGAAGGAAAAAAUUUCGUAA